GAACUGUCUGAUUUUUGCAGAAAUCCACAAUGACGGCAGUGCACCUUUUGAACACUCUGGAGGAUUUAAAAGAAGAGGAAUUUCAGAAAUUCAAAUGGCAUCUGCAGCAGCCAAACAUCCAGGAAGGUUACCAAAGCAUCAAAGUGGCCAUGCUGGAGAAAGCAGAAAGGCAGGACACAGUGGAUGUGAUGGUGAAGACCUAUCAACUUCAUGGAGCUCUGAACGUGACCAAGAAGGUUUUACAGAUGAUCAACAGGAAUGAUCUAGUGCAGAGUCUGCCAGACACCAGCUCAGGACCAGAAGAGUCAGGGGAUGUCAGUGAUGUUGGAGAGACUUCAGAGAACAGAGGAACUCCCUCCUCUCAAAGCAAAGAUGGGAUGGUUCCGGUACCAAAGCCAGCACAUCACAUCUCAAAAUACCAAAAACAGAUUCAGUCAAACUUCAUAGACCGUUACAUGCAACUACAAGAAGGGUUGACGGAGGUGAAACGACCUCUGGAUAAGAUGUACACACAUCUGAUUGUCACAGCUGGGGGUGACUUACACAUCAACAGACAGCAUGAGGUCCGGCAGAUUGAGACAGUGAGGCCAGCAGAUACAGAGACAACAAUUAAACCUUGUGAAAUGUUCAAACCCCCCUCUGAAGAAGACCGUCCCAUAAGAACAGUGCUGACCAAGGGAAUCGCAGGAAUUGGAAAAACAUUUCUUGUGCACAAGUUUGUGUUGGACUGGGCUGAAGGAAGAGCCAAUCAAGAUGUGCAUCUCAUUUUCCCCUUCACCUUCCGCCAGCUGAAUUCAUGCAAGGAGAAUGUAUGUUUGGCGGACCUCAUUCAUGAAUGUAUCUGGGAGACCAGAGACAUCAAGAUAGAAGCUCUUAAUCACAUCUUUACAGCGCUGCAGUCAACAGGAAACACCAACUUUGACAAGAGUGAAUUCAAACUUCUGUUUGUUUUGGACGGACUGGAUGAGAGCCGCCUUGAUCUGGACUGCUCUACCAAUAAAAUCCAUGCAGGUCAAUUUGACGUGACAGAGCCGACCUCAGUGGACAAGCUGCUGAUGAACCUCAUCGAGAAGAAACUGCUUCCCUCUGCUCGCAUCUGGAUAACCACACGACCUGCAGCAGCCAAUCAGAUCCAUUCUGACUUUGUAGACAUCACAACAGAGGUCAGAGGGUUCUCUGACCCACAAAAGGAGGAGUACUUCAGGAAGAGAUUCAGAGAUCAGGAACAGGCAGGCAGAAUCAUCUCCCACAUCAAGACAUCACGAAGCCUCCACAUUAUGUGUCACAUCCCAGUCUUCUGCUGGAUCACUGCUACAGUGCUGGAGGAAGUAAUAAAAACCAGAGAGGGAGGAGAGCUGCCCAAGACCCUGACUGAGAUGUAUGCAGAAUUCCUGCUGUUUCAGAUUCAUCAGACAAAGGAGAAGUAUGACUCAAAAAAGUGCAUUCAGUACAUUAAGUCAUUAGCAAAACUGGCCUUACCAUCAGUUGGAAAAGGGCAACCUGAUCUUCUAUGAGAAAGAUCUAGAAGAGAGUGGAA